AUGGACGACGAAACCUACGUCAAAGCCGUCUACAAGCAGCCUCCGGGACAGGAGUUUUAUACGGCAAAAGGAAGGGGAAAGAUUGACGUUGAUUUUCGGUUGAUGUAUGGUAUCGACGAUGGAGUUAAGAAGUGGAAUUUGGCGUUUCCAAAACUGGUGAAAUACCUAGAUCGACCAUACAAAGACGAUUUUUCAAAGAACAUUCUGGAGUGCCUAACAUCUCCAGAAUCUGACUUAGAUGUUAAAACUUGUGCCGUUCUCCUGCUCCUGAACAAUGUUCUAAAACCAACAAAGGUAACUCGAAAAUUUAAGCCAUCGAUUUUGGCAGCUCAGGAAGAAAUCAUAUUGUUUGCGGCAUCAAACGACUUGGCUACUGGCGUCUUCACUAAAUUUAACGAAGACUAUUCUAAGUACGGAUUUCAACCGGUUCCGAAACUGAUAUUCAUCGGCGAAGGUAUUGGCUCUCUUGAAGGGGAGUUUCAGGUACGUUUUCAGGACUUCAGUUAUCGAUUCGAUAGUGCAAGUAGAGCCAUAGAUGUGCUGGUUAAAUUCUGUGGAGUGUUUGGUCUGGAGCAUUCUCGUAUUUCAAGAUUGGUUUGGCUUUUUAUAUCCGCGUUCUUCUACAACGUUCCAGUGCAGGAGCAGUACGAGUGUAUUAAUAGUUUAAAGGCGUAUCUUUUGAAUUGA